AUGGCGGAAACUGGGAUUGUUAUGACGACAAUCUUCUUCAUACUUGUCUCGGUGGAUAUCGUGGGGAAUUCUCUCGUUUGUGCGAUAAUAUGGAAAAAUAGAAAUCUCAGGACCCCCAGUCAUAUUCUACUUUUUAACCUUGCUGUGGCGGAUGGUCUCUUUGCGUUGUCGAUUGUACCAAAACUUAUUGUGGACCUCAAUUCAAAGCACCCCGAGGGGACGGGUGGUUCAGUUUUGUGCCUGUUGAUAACUGGUGGAGCCUUCGCGUGGGUUGCAGCACUGUGUGCCAUUUAUACUCUGGUUGCGAUUGCCGUUGAAAGAUACUAUGCAGUCACUGAUCCGUACGGCAAGAAAAGGAAUUUCACUAGGAGAAAACUGAAGGUAAUGAUAGCAGCUUUCUGGAUAUUUGCCGUAAUAGCAUCCAUCCCCAACAGCAUGUACAUGAAGGUCAAUAAUGGCUACUGCUAUGAAACGUUUCCUAAAGAAUGGACUAUCAAGGCUAAUUGUCUAUGGUACACCACCCAAGUAUAUGUUGCCUUGUUUCUGAUGGUCAUGUUAUACUCCAGAGUCGUGCGCACGUUAUGGUUUGAGUCAAAUAUUGUUGCCAGCCCUGUGACAUCUCAGCGAAGGGGUGUAAUGAGAGUCCGCAAGCGAGUCACCCUAAUGGCUGUGGUUGUCAGUAUCAUAUUUGGAAUCUGCUGGGGCGCAACCAAUAUUCUUUACAUCUUGCAUACUUUCAAGGUUUUUCGGUUCAAUAAAGUCGUAAUCGCAAUUGGCAACAUUCUGGUAUUGUUUAAUUCUACUAUUAAUCCCUUUGUGUAUGCUCUGCUCAGCGAAAACUUCAGACAGAAAUUAAAAGAAAUGGUCCGAUUCCCAAGGGCUACUGUUGGUGCCACAACGGAGCUUCAUAACAUUGAGGUCCACAUUGCAAGAGAUAAAUCCAACAUCCCUGAUGUUUCGAUCAAUACAACAACAUGCGUGAGCCAGGAGUAA